AUGGUGCAAAUGUAUCUAUGUAAACUAUCCAGCAUAUUAGUAUUGACCAUCUAUGAGAAUCAAAUUAAAACCUUAAAGGGUAUAAAUGCCACGGAUUUGCAAUUGUUAGUGUAUAUGAAUGACUUAAUGCAUUUCAUUUCUGUAUCCGCCAUGCCACCAGUUAUUUUCAAACGUAUAAAACUUACGAACGCCAUUGAUGUGGAUGAUAAACGUCGUAGCCUGAACGCUUCUUUCUUGCACAUGGACUUUGAGGACAAAAUAAAGUUCUUUAUGCUGCAACAAAAGUUUCUUAAAGUUCCAUUGGUGCGGAAGAUAAACCCAGUUUUAAUCACAGAACAAAAUUUUUUCACCAUGCGCCAUAAUCUACCAUUUAUUCAAUUAUUUAAUCGUUAUUUGAAAUAUAUGGCUGACUCUGGUUUAUUGCAAAAGAUUUUUAAUGGCAUCGAAUGGGAGGGCAUACUUAGCGGACUAAUUAGCUAUUUUAAAGAUAUUGAAAAUAAGAAUGAUCAUCUUUUAACAUUGGAAUAUUUGUAUGCACCUUUGGUUUUGUAUUUCAGUGGUGUCCUUUUGUCUAUUAUUGCGUUUUUAAGUGAAAUUGUGUAUUACAAGUUUAAAUUGAGAGUAUCUAAAAUUAAUAAAACAAAUUUGGCAUAA